GUAAAAUCUCAACUGGUCUGGACUUGGCAUGGAGCGAAAUAGGGGUUGUUCGUUUUCAAGACAGUUCACCUUUUUAUUACUUUCAACAGCUAAGUUGUUUUUUCUUCAGCUUUGACCUAUCUAUUUGGAUUAAACCAGAGGCUUUGCUUCAGUACGUGAAGUCAGAGUGCGAUUAUUGGAAGCGGAGGCGCUGGUUGCCCGGGUUUGCAGAACGAAUUGCAUCGUUGUAGAGUUGUAGGAAUUUAUCCAGGUUGCUCUCCAGUGACGCGCAUAGCAGAUUCUAGGAUUUGGGUGGGCGAUAUUCGCACUUGUCCUCUGGUGUACUGGAUUUUGUGGGCUGUAUGGAGGGAUGUCGGGAUGGCUUGCACCAGGAGAACCAAAACUUUGGUGUCUACAUGCGUGAUCUUGAGUGGCAUGACCAACAUCGUGUGUCUGCUCUAUGUUGGAUGGGUCACUAAUUAUAUCGCGAAUGUAUACAUCAAAGUUCCUAAGCCUAUCCCAGAGAAAAAGUUAGAAGGCGACAAAAAGGGGGACACUCUACGGAUCAUUGAAAGACUUGAUCGACUUGAAAAUGUGGUCAACCAGCACAUACAAGAAACCCCCUUGAAAGGAGAGUAUGUUCAAGGAGACAAAUCGUUUUCUGACUCAUCCCUGUUUGCCCAUUGGGGUCAGGAGCUGAGCCCAGACAGCCGCAGGGUGGCCCUGAAGAUGUUCCAGUAUUAUGGCUACAACGGCUACCUCAGUGACCGCCUCUCCCUGGACAGAGCGAUCCCAGACCUCAGACCUGACGGGUGUAAAAACGUCACAUAUCCUUCUAAUCUUCCUCAAGUGAGCAUCGUGUUUAUCUUUGUGAACGAGGCCUUGUCUGUUAUUCUGCGCUCCGUCCACUCUGCCAUGCACAGGACCCCCUUCCACCUGCUCAAAGAGAUCAUACUUGUUGAUGACAACAGUGACAAUGAUGAGCUGAAGGAGAAGUUGCAGGACUUUGUUUCUGAGACCAACAGCCAGCGGCCCGGAUUCAUCAAGGUGGUGCGCCAUAAUAAGCAAGAGGGUCUGAUCCGCUCCAGGGUGAGUGGGUGGAGAGUGGCCACCGCUCCAGUCGUUGCCCUGUUUGACGCCCACGUGGAGUUCAGCGUAGGCUGGGCUGAGCCUGUUCUCACAAGAAUUCAGGAGGAUAGAACACGCAUAAUCUCUCCAUCAUUUGAUAACAUCAAAUACGACACGUUUGAGAUUGAAGAGUACCCGCUGUCUGCUCAAGGCUUUGACUGGGAGCUGUGGUGCCGCUACCUCAACCCACCUAAGUCCUGGUGGCACCAGGCCAACAACAGUGCACCAAUUAGGAGCCCUGCUCUGAUUGGCUGCUUCGUCGUGGACAGGCUCUACUUUGAGGAGAUUGGUCUGCUGGACGAAGGCAUGGAGGUGUAUGGGGGUGAGAAUGUUGAGUUGGCGGUCAGGGUGUGGCAGUGUGGGGGCAGUGUGGAGGUCCUGCCCUGUGCCCGUAUCGCCCAUAUAGAGCGCGCUCAUAAGCCCUACACUGAGGACCUGACGUCUCAUGUUAGAAGGAAUGCGCUGAGGGUGGCAGAGGUCUGGAUGGAUGAGUUUAAGAGCCAUGUCUACAUGGCCUGGAACAUCCCCCAGGAGGACUCAGGAAUAGACAUCGGGGAUAUCUCUGAGAGGAAGGCCCUGAGGAAGCGGCUCCAGUGUAAGACGUUUCGCUGGUACCUGGUCAACAUCUACCCAGAGAUGAGGAUGUACACAGACACAGUGGCAUAUGGAGUGUUGAAGAACUCCCUGAAGACUGACCUUUGUCUGGACCAGGGGCCGGACAGCGACAACGUCCCCAUCCUGUACCUCUGUCAUGGGAUGACACCUCAGAAUGUGUAUUAUACCAGCACUCAGCAGUUACAUGUAGGGGUGCUCAGUCCCACCAUCGAUGAUGAUGACAACAAGUGCCUGGUGGACGUGAACAGCAGGCCACGCCUCAUUGAGUGCAGCUAUGCCACAGCCAAGCGCAUGAAGCUCCACUGGAUCUUUACUCAGGGCGGUUCCAUUCAAAACAAAAAAUCGAGGCGAUGCCUUGAGCUGGUGGCAAGCAAUGAAAACGAGUUUGGAUACCAGCUGUCACUUCAAAAAUGCACCGGACAGAAGUGGUCCAUCACCAACACACUGCCUGGCGGUUCUCUAUGAUGGACUCCCCUGAACAAACAUUAGCCAAAUAUGCUGUGGCACACUGGACUGAAUGAGGUGGUUACCCUGUCACUCUUUUGUGUCUUUGUUGUGGGUAAAGGAGAGUGGUGAAUGCGUAUGGACAGGGUCACUGGAGCACUGUGAUGUCUUUUGUUAACCAGCUGACAUCAUAUGGUAAAUGUUAAACAUUUUCUUUGGCCUGUGGAUCAGACAUACAGUGGGGAGAACAAUGAUUUGAUACACUGC